CUUCUCAUGGUUAGCGGUGCUCGGGUCCAGGAGCAACAUGGCGGCGUCCGUGAGGGGCUAGUUUUGAGGCAGGAUAGUAUUUGGUGUCGCUGUCUUGGGUGACAGUGACCGAGUGGAACUUUUCCUGACAACACAACUUAAGGAAUUGUGUUCUGAUAGGCGUCCGAAUUUAGUGACUGGCUGGCCUCUGGCGUCCUCACUAAGGAGCGGAUUCCUGAGCACUGAGCAGGAUGAGCAACAUCUACAUCCAGGAGCCUCCCACGAACGGGAAGGUUUUAUUGAAAACUACAGCUGGAGAUAUUGACAUAGAAUUGUGGUCAAAAGAAGCACCUAAAGCUUGCAGAAAUUUCAUUCAGCUUUGUUUGGAAGCUUAUUAUGACAACACCAUUUUUCAUAGAGUUGUGCCUGGUUUUAUAGUCCAAGGGGGAGAUCCUACUGGCACAGGGACUGGCGGAGAGUCUAUCUAUGGAGCCCCAUUCAAAGAUGAAUUUCACUCACGGUUGCGUUUUAAUCGGAGAGGACUGGUUGCCAUGGCAAAUGCUGGUCCUCAUGAUAAUGGCAGCCAGUUUUUCUUUACACUGGGUCGAGCAGAUGAACUUAACAAUAAGCAUACCAUCUUUGGAAAGGUUACAGGGGACACGGUAUAUAACAUGCUGCGACUCACAGAAGUAGAUAUUGAUGAUGACGAACGACCACGUAAUCCACACAAAAUCAAAAGUUGUGAGGUUUUGUUUAAUCCUUUUGAUGACAUCAUUCCAAGGGAAAUUAAAAAGCCCAAAAAAGAGAAACCAGAAGAAGAAGUAAAGAAAUUGAAACCCAAAGGCACAAAAAAUUUUAGUUUACUUUCAUUUGGAGAAGAAGCUGAGGAAGAAGAGGAGGAAGUAAAUCGAGUUAGUCAGAGCAUGAAGGGGAAAAGCAAAAGCAGUCAUGACCUGCUUAAGAAUGAUCCGCAUCUCAGUUCUGUUCCAGCUGUUGAAAGUGAAAAAGGUGAUGCAACAGGAGAUUUAGAUGAUGAAGGAGAUGAAAGUACUGAGCAUGAUGAAUACAUUGAUGGUGAUGAAAAAAACCUGAUGAGAGAAAGAAUUGCCAAAAAGUUAAAAAAGGACCCAAAUGCAAAUGUGAAAUCAACUGGAGAGGGAGAAGUGGAGAAGAAAUCAGUCAGCCGCAGUGAAGAGCUCAGAAAAGAAGCAAGACAAUUAAAGCGAGAACUCUUAGCAGCAAAACAAAAAAAAGUAGAAAAUGCAUCAAAAGCAGAGAAAAAAAAUGAAGAGGAAGAAGCUAUUCCAGAUGGUGCUGUUGCAGAAUAUAGAAGAGAAAAGCAAAAGUAUGAAGCUUUGAGGAAGCAACAGGCAAAAAAGGGAACUUCCCGGGAAGACCAGACCCUUGCGCUGCUGAACCAGUUUAAAUCUAAACUCACUCAAGCAAUUGCUGAAACUCCUGAAAAUGACAUUUCCGAAACAGAAGUAGAAGAUGAUGAAGGAUGGAUGUCACAUGUACUUCAGUUUGAGGAUAAAAGCAGAAAAGUAAAAGAUGCAAGCAUGCAAGACUCAGACACAUUUGAAAUCUAUGAUCCUCGGAAUCCAGUGAAUAAAAGAAGAAGGGAAGAAAGCAAAAAGCUGAUGAGAGAGAAAAAAGAAAGAAGAUAAAAUGAGAGUAAUGAUAACCAGAACAUGCUGGAAAGGUGCCUGCAAUAAAUGGCCUUGUAGUGGCCAUUGUUCCCAACAGCAUCAAUUAGGGGUGUGAAAGUAUUUUUAAACCUAUUGUCUGGUUUUAGAAAAGGAUUAUCUUGUUUGGUAAAUUGUGGAAUGAUGUAAGCAAAUGUUUUUGGUUACUGGUACAUGCUUUUUUCCUAAUUGACCUUUUAUAUUGUUAAAUCUGAAAUAAAAUCUGUUUCCUUCCAGUUUACACCUUAAGCAUUUGCAGACUAUACAAACUUGUUUAGACCCUUUUUCCCUGAAAUAUGUGAAGGCUAUCUCUUUAAGAUUUUUUUUAAUAAGAAUUUCUUGCAGAAAAAAUAUUUGAGGGAAACCUCCCUGGCCCUAACAUUGGAAUAUAACUUAAAAAAACUAUAAAAUAUAAUAAAAAUAAUAUAAAUAUCAGUGGAAUGUUUUGCAUACAAAUAUCUAAAAAUAGCCAAACCUGUAAGUCUCAGUAGCUUCAUAUGUUAAAUCUUGAGGAACCCUCAAAUGAAUGUUCACACCUCCAUCUAGGCCAACACCCAGGUUUUAUGGAUGCAGUCAAGACUAACACUCUACCUACUGUCAGCCAAGUUCACCAAACACCCCAGGCUGACACCAGGCUACCUGCUCACUCCUCUGUUCUUCUCAGCAAACAAUAGCAGAGGUACAUGCACAAGUCUCAUUCUGGCAGUAGAACUUGUUGAGAAUUUUACCUUUGAUGACAGUCAUUCAUUUUGGGUAUUUAUAUUAUCUAUAUUUAAUCAGUUCUAGAAUUUGAAUGCCACAAUUGUAGCACAGGGUAAUUUCAUUCACCUAAUAAAACCUUACCAGCCUCAGCUUUUCAGAUAGUGUCUUAUCAGAUCUUUCAACAAACAGUCUUUUUAAAAAUCUUUUUUAAAAAUGCAAUCCAAUAGGCUUUCUGUAAGCACAGUUUUUCAAAAUGUUGUUCCAGUUGAAACACUAUAGCAGCAGCAGCCCUGGCAGACAUGUUAAAAAUACAAACAUUUGCCUUACUACCCACCACCACCCUCCCUCACUGCUGGUUUUUUAGCUGCUUUGGAGAUUAGCAGUGUAUGGUGAAGUUAAAGAUAUGUAUGUUCGGUGCUCAAAAUAUGAUGAUCAAAGACCUGUACCCUAAAGAAAUUUUCAAACAUUGCUCAAGGAAAUUAGAAGAUACUAAGCUGUCCUUUGAAGCAUCAUCCAGAUGAUGGAUAAUUGUAUACCACAUUAUGGAAUAAUUUA